GUGGGGAUUUUGCUUGCUGUCGAAUCAAUGAUAGGUUAUUAUGUUCUUAAGGGACUUAUUGACGUUCGCUAUCCCAUAUUAACAAAGUGGACAUCAAUAUCUUUUUCGGGGCCUAAAGACAGUGGGAAAAAGAAGUUAAUUGAUCUUCUUUUAAACCUUCAGGGAAACCCAGGCACCAUUGUAAAGGAAGAAGCAUUGGAGGUUUCUAAGCUACUUGUGGGUAAGCUAGAGAACAAGGCAGAGGCAAUGCCCUUUGCUGAAGUCAUACUCAAUACCAGCAACUUUCAAUUUUCUCAAUAUUUCUUUUGCUCACCUGCACAACCCACACAAUAUAAACUCCUCGAAGAAGCUGUUUGUAAACUGCUUCGGGUUCAGUUAUCACCCUCCUACCUCAAGCAGUCAUUAGAUUACUCUCUGCUUGCAAAAGAAGUAGAGGAGCUGAAAAAUAAAGUUUCAACCCUCCAUUCUCAUCAUGAGGACUUAGAGAAAAUUUUACACAGUCAAAUAGGCUCAAUUCAAAGGACUCGACGAUUUACAAGAAGGUCAUUUGUGAGACCUGACGACAUUAACACGUCAAUUAAAAAGGGCAUCUCAUUUCUUAAGCAGCUCGGAGAUCACCUUAUAUCACUAACUCCUACUAUUCCUAUCACAAUUACUGAGCAACCUUCGAAUUCCGUCGUAUCUUUUACUUGUAGUAAACCAUCUACUCCUGGCUUCUUCACCGACGUCAUGAAGCUUUCCACUGAUGAACCAGUGGUGCCAUCUUUUCCCAUUCACCUCAUCUCUGUCAUUAACACAGGUGGAUCCCUAGCUGUUUUAGACAUCAUUCCAUCUCUCUUUUGCUUUAUACCAGUAAAUAUAAUAGUCCAUAACUUGACCGAUGAUCUCAAUUCCCUCGUAGCUGGUUCCAAUCUAACGCAUCAAGAAACAAUUGAGUCAACCGUUCGCUCUCUCAAUUCACUGAUGCCUCCAGAAAAUGCUGAAAUAACAAUGGAGUCAAAUUUUGCCGUUGUCGGCACACGAUACACUGAUACUCCAGAAUUUAAGGAGGAAGUUAACGAGAAAAAUUACAGAAUAAAAUCGAAGUUAAUUGAUUAUGGAGAGUACAUAUUACGCUAUGGUAGCUCACUGAUAUUUCCUAUUGAUGCCGAAGCUAAUGAUGAAUACACGCAGAAAAUAUUUAAAGCUCUCUUGAGGAAGAUAUCAAAAUACUUCAUUGAAGAUGACAUACCGAUUCAGCAGCUGUUGUUCAUAAUGGAGUUAAUUCGCCUUAAAAAUCAUCAACUGAUACACAUAUCUCAAUGCAUUGAAAUAGGUGAGAGUUUAAGCAUGGAUUCUCAUGAAGUCGAGAGUGUCCUAAAGUUUUGUCAUCAGCUUUCAAUCGUCCUUUAUUUCUCUACAUUCCUUGGCCACGUUGUUUUCCUUGAUCCUCAAUGCCUCCUGUCUAAACUGUCAGACCUCUACAACAUAUCUCAUCAAUCCAACACUCCAGGUUUAAUUGAGGCCAGUACGAUAGCCAAAGUAUUCAGUGAGACCAGCUUACUAACACCUGAAGACGCCUUCAAUCUACUAGUGAGCCUACAUUUAGCUGUCAAAAUUGAUGCCCUCUAUUUCCUACCAUACACCCUUCACAGGGUCUCCAAUGAUGAAAUAGCGAAUAGGAAGAGAAUGGUACAGAGUGGCCUGGAUCCACUUGUCUUGACUUGGGACAUAGGCCAGAUACCCCAAGGUCUCUUCCCUACGCUCAUUGUACUCCUCAUUCGAAAGUAUGGCAUGACCAUUGAUACCAGUUGCCUUAAACGAGCAUGCGCAGUAUAAAAGGGGGGUGGUCUGCCCAAAAA